UGGAGGAAAAUAUCCAUUGACAAGUGUUGCAUUACUUGUCUUGUAUGUUGUGGUUAUUACAAUUCUUUUGUUAAAUUUACUCAUUGCUAUGAUGGGUGAUACAUAUGCAGAUGUGAAGAAAAGUGCUAAAAAAUUAUGGCAUUUAGAACGAGCACGUAUUGCACUUGAUCUUGAAAAUGGAAUUUCAAAGUCUAAACGCGACUUAAACUUCAAUAAAUAUUGGGUAGAUAUACAAGGUGAACGUUAUUUACAAGUUGAACAAGUGAACAAUGAUCUAAAUUGUCCUAUAGACGAUGAAACAAAUGAUGAUGAUUAA